CAUUCGAACCUCUCCCUCCCUACCUCCCGAGCCCAUCGACAUCAUCCGCACCAAAGCCCGCUCCCGCAGAGUUCGCCUUAAUGUCGGGGGUCUGAACCACGAGGUCUUGUGGCGGACCCUGGACCGGCUACCCAGGACCCGGCUCGGCAAGCUUCGAGACUGCAACACCCACGAGUCCCUGAUGGAAGUUUGCGACGACUACAGCCUGAACGAAAAUGAAUACUUCUUUGACCGGCACCCGGGGGCAUUCACCUCCAUACUGAACUUUUACCGCACAGGCAAGCUACACAUGAUGGAGGAGAUGUGUGCUCUUUCAUUUGGCCAGGAGUUAGACUACUGGGGGAUUGACGAGAUCUACCUUGAGUCCUGCUGCCAGGCCCGUUACCACCAGAAAAAAGAGCAGAUGAAUGAGGAGCUGCGGAGGGAGGCAGAGACAAUGAGGGAGAGGGAGGGAGAGGGAGAGUUUGAUAACACCUGCUGCCCAGACAAGAGGAAGAAGCUGUGGGAUCUCCUGGAGAAGCCCAGCUCCUCGGUGGCUGCCAAGAUUCUAGCCAUCAUCUCAAUCCUGUUCAUCGUCCUCUCCACCAUCGCUCUGUCUCUCAACACCUUACCAGAGCUCCAGGUCAUAGACGAGUUCGGCCAGGCCAACGAUAACCCCCAGCUGGCCCACGUGGAGGCCGUGUGUAUUGCCUGGUUCACCAUGGAGUACCUCCUUCGCUUCCUCUCCUCUCCAAAUAAGUGGAAGUUCUUCAAAGGCCCGCUAAAUGUCAUUGACUUGCUGGCCAUCCUGCCCUACUACGUCACCAUCUUCCUGACUGAGUCCAACAAGAGCGUGCUACAGUUCCAAAACGUGCGCCGUGUCGUGCAGAUAUUCAGGAUCAUGAGAAUAUUGAGGAUCCUGAAGUUGGCCAGGCACUCCACAGGGCUCCAGUCUCUAGGGUUUACUUUGAGAAGGAGCUACAAUGAACUGGGACUGCUUAUUUUAUUUCUUGCCAUGGGCAUCAUGAUAUUUUCCAGCUUGGUCUUCUUUGCUGAGAAAGAUGAAGAUGCCACCAAGUUCACCAGUAUCCCUGCUUCAUUCUGGUGGGCAACAAUUACAAUGACUACAGUGGGCUAUGGGGACAUUUAUCCACAGACUUUACUUGGAAAAAUUGUGGGUGGGCUCUGCUGCAUUGCAGGAGUGCUGGUCAUUGCCCUACCCAUCCCCAUUAUUGUCAACAACUUCUCUGAGUUCUAUAAAGAGCAGAAGAGGCAGGAGAAAGCCAUCAAGAGGAGGGAAGCGCUGGAGAGAGCCAAGAGAAAUGGCAGCAUUGUGUCAAUGAACCUAAAAGAUGCCUUUGCCCGCAGUAUGGAACUGAUGGAUGUGGUGGUAGAGAAAGGGGAGGACAAAACCUCCCUGGACAACCAUUUGUCACCCAGCCGCUGGGGCAGCUCGACCAGGCACGCCACUUCCGAGGCUAACCUGACAUCCCCAGAUAAAAGAAACCCAGAGUCUCUGCAGCAAAGCUCCCCUCACCGUAUAACCAUCACCACCACUGGAAGUCCCCAGCGGACAAACAGGACCCCACAGCCCCUUAAUGUGCAGAAACUUGAGGAUAUGUACAACCAGAUGACCAAGUCACAGUCCUUCACUAACCUCAACACUACAAGCUCCAUGAGCACCCUGAGCACAACUAUGACUGCCCCUGUUUCACCGAAGAAAUCUCACAGCCCGGAAUUUACAUUAAAAGAGGAAGUAGAGCUGGAGAUGAAGGAGGUCCAACCCUACUCGCCAGAUAACUUUGCAAGCUGCUCGGAAGAUUUCACAAAACAAGGCUCCGACUCAGAUGAGGGACAACCUGGGUCGUGUCAAAUCAGACACCCCAGGGCACCCCCCGCUCUGGAUCUUAGCCAACUGGGGGCCAGUGACGACCACAGCUGUCCUGGCAUCAUACUCAAAGAUGGCCUCUAUGAAUUCGUCAACCCAGGUGACGGAGCAGAACUCCACAUAGAGGAAGGGGAGAGCUUUAACAGUGCUGUGGAGAAUAUCCAGAGCUCUCCAAGAGGGAAUAACCCUCUUAAAAUAAAGGGGUUGAAGGUCAACUUCACCAAAACCUCUGCUGAAGGCCCUCUUACACCGCCGAGCACUACCUCUCCUGGAGACAUCAGCUCCAGCAUCCUGGAAGACGAGUCCCCGGAGGGAGAGAUGUCACCGCUCAUCCCCUGCUCAGAGGAGCUGCUUCCAGUCACAGAAGAGGAGACCUGCCCGUUGUCCCCUAAGAGGCUGGUGGUAGACACCCCACCUGGUGACGAAGAUCAAUCCACAGAGAACCACGACGAGAAGCAUCUGAUGGAAGUGGCGGGCGCUGCAGUUGCACCCUUGUCACCUAAAACAGCAGCACAAAAUUGCCCCCAAGGUGUGGUUGGGGUAGGUGAGGACGUCAAGGCUGACAGCAACCAAAGUGGACUCAAAGUAGAGAACCACAUGUUUACAUCCGAUAUCCACCUGAUACCCGGGGACGGCAGCCUCUCGCCGACCUGUGAAACCAGCAUGUGACUGUUAGAGAGGCUCUGAGGGACAAUAGACCCACUGCAACCUCAGCCCGGUGUGUGGGACAGCAGGAAGGAAAAGACAAGGGUGCAGUUGUAUUGACAGAUAUAUUUGCAUGGCAUGACAAGUCCCUUUUACUUGUGUUGUUGUGUAUUGCUGAAAAGAAACUGCAGUGCCUCGUGCAGGUUUUAGAAUGACUUUGGGAAAAACAGUGGGUUCAAAGAGGAGGUGCUUGAAAAACAGAGGGAAUUCAUCAACUUAUGUAGACACUUUGGUCCUCCCAAUGUACAUAAUGAUAGUGUCCUUUUUCUAGCAAAAGAGGGAAAUGCACAGAGGGACUUAACUGUAAAAAGCAUGCAUUUAACAAUGACAGAUAUUUUACGGUGCUUAGUUUGCUGAAAGCGCUCCACUGUAAAUACUAGGACAUCUAAGGCAAUGACAAUGCACAGGACGGCAAAGGAAAACUGUCACUGAAGGUACAAAUAUUUGUAAUGUGAAAAGGGAAGGGUUGGAAUGAGAGCCCUCAGACUGGGUGUUGCAUCGUAGCGACCUAUAAAAAAAACAUAUCAUUACCUUUUGUGGAAAUGCAAAGUGUUCCCAUGACGACCCUGUAAUGUUUUUUGUGUGAAAAACGGUGUAUGAAACUGUAACGUUGACAUUGUUGUUUUUGGUUUUCAUAACUUUCAGUUGAACAUCCGAUAUUCAGUCUCUGAACUAAUCACGUUGGGCAAGAAGGACAAAAACACCUUUAUUCCUCUAAGUACGCCUGUAGUUGCCAAAUACUUAUGUAAGAGCAGGAACUGUCAAAUACUGCCGCUGUUGAAAAUAUUUAUCACGCGGUUUCAGAGGUUAGGACAAGGUUUAAGAUGUUUAAUUCCUUGUUCAGCCUUUUGAUUCCGUCCAAAUCACAAAAAUAAAUCUUAUUUAAGCUCCGAUUUCAGGUAUAUACAUCUAAAAGUAGUUUUAAGAUUAAAUAUGAACUAUGUAGGUCUAGACUGGUUGUAGAAAUAUUCUACAGUAGUUAAGUGAGAUCCCAUAAAACAGAUUUAAGACUCUUUAUUCAUUCAGCACAGUAGAUCUGGUCAUUAAUACACAUAUAUGCUUUACACUAUAAUUAUCUAGUUUGGCAAGUCUAAAGGGUUAGACUACCAUAACAAAAUGACAAUAUUCCUUGCGAUAUCAAUGGACCAAACCAAGCACACUGACAAGCUUUCAUCUAUCUCAGCUGCAUAGUAACAUAUACAGUAAUAACAUGUUUUAUGACAGUAGUUAUGGAUUUGUUUUAGUUUUCCUUAUGGUUUGUUUCCCUGCAUUGUCCUAUCCUCAGCGCCCUGAUGUCGUUGUUGACAUUUGUUCCAUACUACUGCAAGUUCAUCCGAUCCUGCUGAUAGGUUUAAGGCAUCAUUUUUUUUGUAUAUCCGUAGUGUCUUGGACUGUAAUUUAUUCUGUUUUAUUGUGUACAAAACUAUUUUCAGUCGAACUUAAACCCAAAGGAGUUUUCUUUUUUUCUCGUCUUCUUUCUUGCUUUUAUUUUACACUGACUGAAAAUAUCUGUUGUAUGUUGCCUUUGAUUCCAAUUUUAUUGCUGGAAUAUUUGUUUAUUGUUUCAGCGUGACAAUGAGUGUACUAGAAGUGUGUUUGUGAAAGCCACACAAACCAGAAUGGUACUGACAGGAAGUAUGUGGGUGAAUUCUUUGUUUGUUUAUGUUGUUUGUCUUCUUUCUUUUUCUUAUCAUUAUCAUGUCUUUUGUUCUCAUAGAGAGGUGUGGAAUGUGCAAUACCGCAUACUGCAAUCUAUGCAGGCCAAGAAUUGUGGCACUUUAAUUUUCUGUCUAUGGGAUUUGUAAGUGUACAGGCAGAAAUUACUUGUAUUUUUCAAAUGUUAUAUCUUUAAUAUGAGGCAAAACAGUAUUACAACUACCAUAAUCUCACAAACAAUGCAAAUGAGAAUUUGACUUUUACUUUUUCAUAUUAUAUGGCUGGCAUAUGCUGUCAAACACCUUAAUGCCAGAUAUUAAUGGACCUCAAAUUGGAUUAUCUGUGGGAAUAGGGAUCCAAAUUGACCACUUUUAGCCUUUUAUAUUGCUGUUAGAUUGACAUAAAAAUCUAACAUAUGUCUUUGGAAGAUAUUAAGAUAAUCUCAUUUCAAUGGCCACACACAAAGGAUUUUAUGUUUUUGUGUAUUACCGCUGAGAAUGAUUCUAUUUUUUCUAAACCAAAAUGGAGCACGACCACAAUUUCCUGCCAUAUGGUGGUUGAAAUGAUGCGUGCCUUUUCAUAACACUGCUGUUUAUGAGAAGGUAGCAAGUCAUUUUGCUUUGUUCAUAUAGCACUGUACAGAAAAUUCUAAUUUUAUAGGAGAAAUCAGGUCUUUAUGUAAUAGAUACAAGUAAUGUUAUUGAGUUCUCAGGUUUUCUAUAACUCUCUGAUGUUCCGAUUGGAUAGAUUCUCUGUUUUUUCUUUAACGGCUAAUGUCAAAUUAGUUACUUCUGUGCUUUUUUGAAAGGUGAUGUUGUCAAAUCCACAUUGAUGUCUUGGCUCCUGGAGUAAGGAGUGGCAAUAUUUCACCCUCCUCCUGGGUAAUCUGUGUACCACAUUCAGUGUUCGCCCCCAUCAGUCUUCAGUGAGGCAAGGAAGGAGCACAAACAAAAGUACAGGAGUCUGACUGUUAGAGUUUAAGUGCUGAGACAUAGGCCGACGGGGAGUGAUGUGUCUAACUGACCACAGACAGGCAGGAAGAGAUCCCUAGAGUGAUUGAACUGAUACAUCUGAUUAUUUCCCAUGCUACCACCAUUGAGUGCACCGAUCCCUACAGCUUCAGAGGCUCUAGCCCCAUGGCAUGCCCUCAGGGACAGUGAAGGAAGGCUGGGAUAAGGGAAAAGCUAGAGAGUUAAGAGGAGAGGUGAAAUGGAGUUCCCCCAAAUGGUAACAUCACAUCAGUGAUCAGUUGUGGUCCAUACUGUUUUCUUUUGUCUGUCUACAUACUGUAUGCCCAGACCAUCAGUAAUCAGAGAUUCACGUGAGAGCAUUAUGGAAUUAACUUCCAUGUGAAAUUAUUGAUCCGUCAUUGGAAACUAAGAUUCUUUGGUACCCUCCAAAGUAAAAUGCGGGGUCAGUGGUGGUUGUUGUUUGGGGUUUUCAUUUGUCUUUUUUUUUUUCUCUAUGAAGGACAGUUAGACGAUAACCUCCUUCCUAAAGCUCUUUUUUUCUCUACCUGUACAUUUAAUUUAUCGUUUUUUCCUUCAUCCCUUGUUUGUAGUAACCUUGUCUCUGUGGUAGCCUCGAGUAAUCCUUCAUUUUGAUAGGCAGGGAAGAGAGACAAGGGAUCUGGAUUGCUCAGCUAUAUUCCCUUGGAAUGAUGUUUGUGUGGAUACUGAAAUGAGUUCUGUGAGCUGACAGCGAAUGUGCUCUGUCCUACUGUCUCACAAUGGGAUUAUCAUCUGUGAUACUGUACAGAGUGGAAAGGUUGUGUCUUUAUUUUCUCUGAGAGAAUGGGUAUUGUCCAUGUCACUCAUGCGUGCUUACCAAACUUUGCUCCCUAAAAUACGUAAAGCAUCGUUUCUUCUUAUUUCUCUGUGUAUUCUGCCUCUUACAUUCUUUUUGUUUUUGUUUUUAAUUUGUUUUUCUGUUCAGCGUUGGAGAACAUUAUUGUUAGAAACCUUCUGAGCUACAGAUUUCUGUACAAAGCAUCAUCUUUGUAUGCAUGUAGUAGUCCGAACAAUUAUGUGACCACAGAACACUUUGUUAUGGUACAUGUACGUCAACAUUUCUGUAGAGCAUUGUUCCCCAUUACGUCUAUUAGCAUAUGCAGAAUAACAAAUAAAUGUGUAUAUAACUCGU